AUCGUGUCAUGAAAGCAUCGUGGUUCCCUAUGGGUUCAAGCUAAAGUACAGCUUCCUAGAAAACACACACUUAUGUUGGAUAAACAUUGUAGUUUAUUGUAUCGUAAGUAAUUAGACAUGUUUACUUGAUUUGCACUAACGUAAGAGUGUUAAGUAUGUUGAGAACCUGUUCGUGCCUGAGGAAAUGGAGCAGUAUAUCUGCUGCCAGGCUGUGGAGCUCCGCAGCAGCGGGGGCAGCAACAACCCCACACCGGUCCUGCAGGGUCCUCACGCCGGCUCCAUGCACGGCCCGGUUUGUGUCCCUGUCCGCGGCCUCCAGGGGGGACGUGGAGCCGCUGGACUCCAGCUCUGUCUCCCAGCAGGAGAGGUUCGGCUCCCUGUCCGCUGACAUGUCCUCCAGGAGGUCCUUCAGGAAGACCAGCCCGGACCUGCUGGCCCUGCAGCACCGGGACCAGGCUGUGGAGGGAGAGGACCAGGCUGGAGACCAGGCUGGAGAGCAGGGGAAACCUGUCAGGAGGACCAGGAGGAGAAACACUCCCUACUGGUACUUCCUGCAGUGCAAGAAACUCAUCAGAGAGAAGAAGCUGCAGGAGGCCCUGGAUUUUUUCAGCAGAGACAUGCUGCAGGGAGAGAAGCUGCAGCCAGAGGAGUUCAACUACUCAAUCCUGAUCGGGGGCUGCGGUCGAGCUGGACAACUCAAAAAGGCCUUCAGACUCUACAAUGACAUGAAGAAGCGAGGUCUGGAGGCUUCAGAUGCGACCUACACUGCACUGUUCAACGCCUGCGCCGAAUCGCCUUCAAAGCAAGCUGGUCUCCAUCAAGCACUGGAACUGGAGCAAGAACUGCGUCGCAAACGCUACCCUCUGAGCACCAUCACGUACCACGCUCUUCUCAAGGCUCACGCCGUCACCAACCACCUUCAGGCCUGUAUCCACACGCUCAGGGAGAUGCUUCAGAAUGGACAUGCUGUUACUCAGAAGACGUUUCACUUCUUGCUGAUGGGCUGCUGGAAAGACAAAGAAACAGGGUUCAGACUGGCUUUACAGGUGUGGCGCCAGAUGCUACUCUCUGGGAUUCUUCCGGACUCGAAGAACUAUAACCUGCUCUUAAGAGCUGCCAGGGAUUGUGGGAUUGGCGAUCCUGCCUUGGCUGCUACAAUUCUGCUGAAGACUGACUGCAGAGAGAGGCAGAAUGUGUCAGAGGCCAGUUGCAAGGGUAGAAUAGACAUUGACUUUCUGGAGAGGCAGUUGUUUAUUCAACAAGACAGCAGAAGCCAUGAGGAGAAACAACCCACCAGCCUGCUACCAGUCAGAGAAACAGAAAACAUGCCACUGCCUGUUGAUUUAGCUUCUUGUUCUGCAGCGCCUAACUUGCUGGACCUUUUUGAAGGGAAAAGAGGGUCUGUGAUCUCAUUCGGUAUUGUAGAUGGAGCCUCUGAUAAGCUCGCCCUCAUUGGUGGAGCUAAAGGUGUCCUCGAGAAGAUGGCAGCAAACGGGCUCAGUCCAGACCUCAAAACUUUGACUCUGCUGGCUGACACCAUGGAGCCGAGCUACGCGGCUCUGCAGGUGCUGUUGAAGGAGUCCAAACAGCAUCACGUGAAGCUGGAUGUCGCGUUUUUUAACUCUGUGAUUCGCAGAACAGCCAGAGCUGGCAGCCUGGAGGAUGCUAAGGCUGUCCUGAGUGUGAUGCGACAGCGUAAUGUGAAUGUGGAUAUCCAGACAUUUGGAUGUCUUGCACUAGCGUGUGAUCGGCAGCAGGACGGUCUUCAGCUUCUCAAAGACAUACAGGACGCAGGUCUUAGACCGAAUGUCCAUGUGUUCUCUGCUCUGAUUGGCCGAGCAGGUCGUAGACUGGAUUAUGUUUACCUCAAAACAAUCCUGAAAAGCAUGCGUGACACAGAGGUGUGGCCUAAUGAGGUCAUCAUCAAACAGCUGGAGUUUGCUGCACAGUACCCUCCCAACUACAACCAGUACAAAUCCAGAAACAACUACCUAAUCCAGAUAGAUGGUUUCCGUGGUUACUACCAGCACUGGCUGCAAACUAUGCCUGUUCAAAGUGCUGAGGACGACCAGUCAGAUCUGCAGUCGGAGAUGGAUGAUGCAGUGCUGAAAACAGAAGCUGCAGAUGGAUUGACGCAGGCUCAGAGGAACCAGAAAGCUGCAGCCAGGAGGUAUCAUUCUCGUCACAGAGAUGAGAGACCAGCUCCAUGAAACCUCCCUGCAUGUCUGGAUUUUGUUUUGCAAACUCUGUAAAUCUGGAUGAACUUGGGUUGAAGGAGUGGCUUGUGGACUUUGUAUUUUCCUUGAAAAUAUUGAUGUUAUAAAUUUAUACCACAAUUUAAAUUAAUUGUUUGAUCUCUGACACAUUACACCAUACAUUUACUUUUAUGUUGUGUUAUUUAUUUUGAAAUGACCAUAAUUAAAUUAUUUUCAUUUUUCCUUUUUUCUAUUAUCGUUAUUUCAAACACUGUGGCUGGUUAGCCUCUGGGAGAAACAAUUUACCUUUAAUGAAACUGACAGCAGUAAUGUGCCACAAGUGAUGCACCCUGUGUUUGGUUAGCCAUGUUAUAAUGACAUAAUUAGAAAUGGGCUGCCCGCUAAAGAAACACUUAUUACGUUUUAUAAAAAAGACAUUUAAAAAAAUCCAGAGUAGGUUCAAAAUCUUGUCCAGAGAACUGUGCAGGGCAGUCCGAACAGCCGACUCCUGGUUUGUUGGUUUUAUCCUGGUUUUAUCCUUUUGCAUGGUGUCUUGGUUUGGAAAUAUGUCUCUUAAAAAUAAGAAUUGUCUGAACCAAAUAGAAGUUUGGAGUUUGUCUAGUAAGAUAACGAGAGAGCAGCAGAUGAAUCCUGACAUGCUGUUUUCCAGGCAGAUAGAAAUGUUGUCUGGAUCUAUUUUAAGAGACACCUCUCAUCCACUACAUUCCCAGUUCCAGCUACUUCAGUCAGGACACGGAUAGAAUGUCACAAUGCAAAACCAAAUGUUUUAAAAACAGUUUAUAUUUUAUAAACGAUAUCUAUACCUACUGCUACAAUUCUCCUUAAUAAAUAGAAAAGGUUUUAGCCUUUUAUGUUGUUGUUAUGGUGUAUAGAUAUGUAUUACAAUGUCACCAGGAGGCUGAGGCCCUGUACAGGCUCUUGAUAAAUGCAUUAAGGAUAUUAAUGACUGGAUGUGCCAUAACUUUUUCCAGCCAAACAAAAACAAAACUGAGGUAAUUGUCUUUGGAGCCAAAGAGAAAUGAUUACAGGUCACCACAAAGCUUCAAUCUAUACACCUAAAAACCACCAAACGGGCCAGAAAUCUGGGUGUAGUGAUGGACUCAGACCUACAUUUGGAAAAACACAUUAAGGCAAACAAAGUCAGCCUACUAUCACCUCAAGAAUAUAUCAAGGAUACAAGAUCACAUGUCUUAGCAGGACCUGGAAAAUAGUCCAUGCAUUCAUCUCUAGUAGCUUGAUUAUUGUAACAGCAUCUUUACAGGUUUACCUAAAAAGUCCGUUAGACAACUGCAGCUCAUCCAGAACUCUGCUGCUCCAGUCCUCACUAAGACCAGAAAAGUG